AUGCACUUAGAUGAAGCUUAAAGUUUAGAAGAUUAAGUAUGUGAAAAUAAAGUAGAAGCUAUGGAAUAAGAAUAUAUUGAUAUAGAUGCAAAGAAAGAAGAAUAUAAAAAUACUAUUUAACUCAAUAUUCAAGAUAACAUAGUAUAUAAUUACAAGAAUAAAGUCAAAUAAUGCCCAGUAGUUAUCUAACUUUAGUCUAUAAAAGCCUAAUAAACAUAGAAUAGAACAAAUAUAGAUCUUAUUUGUGUAAUUAUGUUAGUGGUUUAAUGGAAGGUGAAAAAAUAAAAUUAGUUUAAAACUCAUUGAGAUAUAUAUAAAAAAUCCUUGAUUCUGGUGAUAGAAUUGCUUUAGUUUCAUUUGCAAGUUCAUCUUAUGUAAAUUUACCAUGGACUAGAAAUCUUCCUGAAAAUAAAAAUAAAAUAAAGAAAGCAAUAAAAAAUAUGAAAAUAAGAGAUUCUACAAAAAUUGCUAAUGGUUUAAUUUAGGUAUAAGAAUGA